AUGAGCUUCUUCUCGUUUGGCGAUAUUCCCGCCAUUCAUACCCGCAAAGCUCUGCUACUCUUGGACUUUCAAAACGACUUUGUCCGCCCGUCCGGAGCCCUCCAUGUUCCCAAUACUGCAGAUAUUCUGGAAAUCCUGCCCCCACUGGCAGCAGCCUUUCGUCGCUCCGGCGAUGUGAUUUGGGUGCGCUCGCAGUAUGACUCUCCGCAGCCCACCGAAGAUUGGAACUUUGGGGAUCGUGUUGUCUUGGAGAAAGGCCCACCGAAGCCAGCGCCGAUACCCAGAUCCGAUGUAAUCGAGGCUUCGUCCGAUCGUGACUCUCCAGAGCCCGUAGACACUGAAGCUUUUCUCUCUGGUCGAUCUGCCAAGUGCUGCGCCGCACAAUCCCCUGGGUAUCAAUUUCCCGCACCCGUCCUCGCUGCUAUUGACCCCGAUCGCGAUACGGUGCUUGACAAGACGGGUUAUUCUGCUCUGGAGUCUGAAGGUCUGGUUUUGUCAUUUCGCACACGCUUUAUAACCGAGCUGUAUAUAUGCGGCUCCCUAUCGAACGUCUCCGUCUAUGCGACGGCUCUUGAUGCCGUCCGGAACGGCUUCUCGGUGACGGUAGUCGAGGACUGCCUGGGGUAUCGGGAUUUUCAGCGUCACCAAGAAGCCAUGCGUCGCAUGGCAGAUAUCCUGGGAGCAGCGGGAAUCACGGCACAGGAGCUGCACCAAGAGCUGGAGUGGCAGGAAACAGACGAGAUCGCUCGGCAGAACAAAAUGCAGCCGCCCAAACGACCGACAACUGCGGGUGCUCCCGUUGGUAUUGAGGAUAUCAUGGACAGUUUGGAUGUGAUGCCCGUUGAUUCCAUUCCGGAGGAGGCUGUGGAGGAGGCUCAGGAGGAGGAAAACUGCAGUUUGGCACAGCUCGCCUCACAGGCUCGAGCACAGAGAAUCGCAGCAGCCGGUGCUCGUGUGCCAGUUGAUGCAAAGAAGCAAGUUCGUGCACGAGUGCGUCGCCCGAAGCGUCGCGAGCCUACACCCAAUGCAGACUCUGGAGAUCGACCGGCAAAAGGCACGUCUAGCGACAGUUUGGGAGAGGGCGAUUCCCGCAUCAUCCCAGAAAUUGAUUUGUCUGCUGAAGCCUUUGAGCGUAUCCGGGCGGAGGUUUCCUGGCAGAAGAUGUACCAUCUGUCCGGCCAGGUCCCUCGACUUGUGGCGGUUCAAGGUCAUAUCCAGCCCGAUGGCUCCAUUCCUAUCUAUCGGCACCCCGCAGAUGAAUCUCCACCAUUGAAACAAUUCACGCCGGCCGUGGAUGAAGCGCGCAUCCUGGUCGAGCGAAUCCUCGGCCACCCCCUCAACCACGUCCUUAUCCAACUCUACCGUGAUGGACAAGAUUCGAUCUCCGAGCAUUCUGACAAGACUCUUGACAUUGUUCGCGGAUCCUUCAUCUGUAACGUCAGCUUGGGCGCCCAGCGUGUCAUGACGCUUCGUACCAAAACCUCAGCUUCCGAGUCUCAUGAAGGAACCGAAUCAAGUCGUCUCAAGCAGCAAGUCCCGCUGCCCCAUCGAUCUCUCUUCAUUCUUGGAGAAAAAACUAAUAUGCGCUGGCUUCACGGUAUCCGACCCGACAAGCGAGCCGCGUCCAUCAAAUCUCCCGCGGAGCAUGCUUUUGGUGGCGAGCGUAUCUCCCUUACUUUCCGACACAUUGGCACCUAUCUCAACCCGAACACCAAUACUAUCUGGGGCCAAGGAGCCGUUAGCAAAUCCUCAGAUACCGCCCGUCCUGUUAUCCACGGUGAACCUGCAGAAACCGAGCGACUGAUCCGCGCAUUCGGUCAAGAGAAUCGGGCCACCGAGUUUGACUGGGAUGCCUUUUAUGGCGCUGGUUUUGAUGUGGUGAACUUUGUCACUACGUCUCCUGCUCUGCUCAAGCUUAGUGGAGACUUGGUUGCAGAUCUGCGAGUGCAACUGGGAUUGGGGGAGAACGGACUUCGAUAUGAGAUUGUCGAAGGCUCUGAACCUCAUGCUCAAGAUGGAAAACCAAGCCCACGACCGUUGUAUACAGACUCGGAUGGAAGAUCCAUUGCAGGGGAUGUGGCCAUUCUGACGCACCUGGCUGAACGCCCCGCGGACUCAAUAAGGCCUGGCGUGGAAGCUCUGCGAGGUGGCAAUGAACUUCAGUGGAUUGAAGGUUUCCUUGCACGAUGGCGUGAUCAUCGUGCCAGUAAUCCCGAUUGCCGGUACGAAGCCAACUUGGAGGAUUGCGAGCGUGCCCUGGAAGGCCGACAUUACCUUGGAGGCUCGGCAUUGAGCAUCGAUGAUUGCUCCUUUUGGCCAGUCUUGCGCGAGAUUGUACUGUGUCAAGGACCCUUUGAUGCGGGGUUGGUGAAUCUCAACCAAUAUUACAUACGCGUAGAGAAACGGGGCAUUGUAAGGGCCAUCCUAGAGGGCUCCCAAUGA